AUGGGCGACCACUGGUUGUCUGAAGCUUCGGAGCCCCCAGGACAUUUUGGUGCCUGUGAGGGAGACAACCUGCCCCCACAGCCCGAAUUCCUGCAGCCCAGGGCACCCUGCAGCCCUCCAGAGCGUGGGGUACAGAUGUGUGCCUUGGACCAUCCCACAUCUGCCAGACCUGAUGCUUCUUCCUGGGGCAGCCCUCCAGAGCAUGGAGCACAGACUUGGGCCAUGGACCCUCCAAUAUCUUCCAGGCCUGAUGCUUCUCCCUGGGACUCCAGCAGGGAUGCACCGGGAGAGGCCUGUUCCCCAGUGGCCCAGAGCAGCUCCACGCAGGUGGUAUUCUGGGCUGGUAUCCUGCAGGCUCAGAUGUGUGUGUUGGACCUGGAGGAGGAGCUGGAAAAGACAGAUGGGAUCCGAGCAGAGCUGAGACGCUGUGUCCCUACCACGCCUUUAGGUUUUAGCCACCCUAUGGAGGAGGCCUGCGAAGAAGACAGCAGCAGUGGGCCCGAGAGUGGCAGCGAGCUGAAGGGUGGCAGCGAGCCCGAGGAUGCACCAGAUUCGUCUCCAGAGUGGGGUGCUGAGGAGGAGAGCGUGUUUUUUGACAACCCUCUCUUUCUGGAGAGCCCGAGCUCCGACACCAGUGCUUCUGGGGCGCACUUUUCCUGGGCCUUCCCUGACUGCCUGAAUAUCAGGAACCCCGAGACAUUGGAAAGCUUGGUACCUGAAGCUGGGGAACCCGAGGAUGCAGGAGGCGAGCCAGAUGGUGGGGACAGCCUGGCUGACUCUGGGGGGCCGACGACCCCGCCAUUCCCUGUGCCCACCUACAAACUUCACUCCUUUUCCUGGGCUGCCCUGAACACCACAGGUGGGCCUCUGGAUGCGCCCAUUGACUGGAAAGAGAAAGAGGACCUGUCCUGCUCUCAAAGGAGGGUCCUGCUGAUGGAAGAAGGUCCUUCCUGGCUACCUCCAGAGCCUUCUUGUUCUGAGAACAGAGGCUCUUCAUUGGGUGAAGAGAUUGCUUCGUGUCCUUCAGCCUCUGUUCUCAGCACCUCAACCCCUGGCCCUUGGGGGAGUCCAGCUUCUUCGCCUGAGCCCAGCAGCCCUGAAUCUGUGAGCAGAAACUCCAGUGCCAGGCCCAGCCCACUGACCUCAGGGCAAGGCAGCCCACAGCUUCAGAGACCGUACCGGGAUCACGGGACCCCCAGAAGGACAUUAGAUGCUCCGUGCCCAGUGCUUUUGACCACUGACGGAACAGAGCUAAGUUCCCAGGACACAGAGGAGGCAGAGGAAGCCCUAGAUCCGUGCACAGAGCUCACUAGUGAAGAUCCAGCCAGCACCAUAGGGACUGGAGCCUCCCAGCCCCUAGCCACAAGGCUUGCUGAAGGCCCCAUGCCCCAAGACCCCAACCCAGAAGCUGGGCAGAGGCCACACACAGGAGACAAGCUGGCAAAUGGGGUGAGGCCUGACAGGAGGGCCUGGAACCUGGCAUCUCGUCUUUUCCACCUGGAGGGCUUCCGCAAGUCAGAAGUUGCUGCCUACCUGCGGAAGAACAAUGACUUCAGCAGGGCCGUGGCUGAGGAAUACUUAUCCUUCUUCCAGUUUGGAGGCCAGAGCCUGGACCGUGCUCUCCGGAGCUUCCUGCAGGCACUUGUGCUCAAUGGGGAGACUCAGGAGCGAGAGAGGAUCCUCUACCAGUUCUCCCGGCGCUUCCAUUACUGCAACCCCGGGGUCUUCCCCUCUGUGGACUGUGUCCACACCUUGACCUGUGCCAUCAUGCUCCUCAACACAGACCUGCAUGGACAGAACAUUGGGAAGAGCAUGAGCUGCCAGGAAUUCAUCAACAACCUGCAGGGGCUGCAAGAUGGCCGGGACUUCCCCAAGGAACUGCUAAAGGCCCUCUACUGGUCCAUCCGGAGUGAAAAGCUGGAGUGGGCUAUGGAUGAGGAAGAUGCAGCCAGACCUGAGAAGGCCCAACCACUGCCACUGGUGGGCAAACUGAGUAGCCCUCUCCUGCAGCUGGCACAGGACCCCCUGGCGCCCACCUAUAAGCAGGGCAUCCUGGCCCGCAAGAUGCACCAUGACGCUGAUGGCAAGAAGACGCCAUGGGGCAAGCGUGGCUGGAAAAUGUUCCAUACUAUGCUCCGGGGGAUGGUCCUCUACUUCCUGAAGGGAGAGGACCACAGUCUCGAAGGAGAGAACCUGGUCGGGCAGCUGGUGGAUGAGCCGGUGGGAGUGCACCACUCCCUGGCCUCGGCGGCCACCCAUUACACCAAGAAGCCAUAUGUCUUCCAGCUGCGGACAGCUGACUGGCGCCUCUACCUCUUCCAGGCCCCCACCGCCAAGGAGAUGGGCUCCUGGAUUGCACGCAUCAACCUGGCCGCGGCCACGCAUUCGGCACCACCCUUCCCGGCUGCAGUGGGCUCCCAGCGCAGAUUCAUCCGGCCCAUCCUGCCCAUGGGGCCUGCCCACAGCUCUCUGGAGGAACAGCAUCGGGCCCAUGAAAACUGCCUGGAUGCUGCCGCUGAUGACCUGCUGGACCUGCAGAGGAAACUACCGGAACGGCGUGGCCGGAACCGAGAGCUGGAGGAGUACCGCCUGCGGAAGGAGUAUCUGGAACAUGAGAAAAGCCGCUAUGAGACUUACGUGCGACUGUUGGUGAGCCGCCUACACUGCCCUGAUGACCUGGAUAUGUGGGAGGAGCAGCUAGCCAGGGAAGCUGGUGGCCAGCGGGAGCCCAAGCCUAGCCUGAAGAAGUCACACUCCAGCCCAUCCCUGCACCAGGACGAGGCCCCCACCACCGCCAAGGUGAAACGCAACAUCUCGGAGCGAAGGACUUACCGCAAGAUCAUCCCCAAGCGGAACCGCAACCAGCUGUGAAACCAGUACCCCUCACCGGCGAGGCUUGCCCUGUGCUCUGGGCCCAACCUGCCGUGGGUGAGAUCUGGGCUUUGCCCCACAGGGUCUGAGACCUCAGCCCUUGCCCACGAGGCUCAUCUGUCUGCUCUGAGGGUCUCCAUUGCUGUGUACCCAUGGCUA